UUUUGUUGGGUUUUCUUUUUCUUUUUUUUGGGUAAAUUGUGCCAUCUUCUUCGUCUCCGACGAAUUUCCUCCCGUUCGUGGACGCGGACCACGGCAAAGUGCUCUCUUGGAGACCUUGAGCAUCGUCUUCUCUUCCAUUUCUUUGAUUCCUCGCCAAUCGAGUCCUUGGAAGCGUGCAGUCGAUCGAUCGCCCGUUGGGUUCCGCGAUUCCCACGAAACCCCUGGUUUCUUCCCGAUUAGGGCUCAUAUGAUUCCUGGAUUCUUGUUUUGUAGAGAUUUAGUAGGUUUCUAGGGUUAAGGAUUGCUUUUGGAGGUGUUGAAGGACGGCCGGCGACGAGAUUGGGGAAAUAUUGUUUGCGGAUAAUGUGUAUACUGUGCGUGGUGCAGAGGUGGUCGCGCCGGCUGGUGACGAUGCUGCCUUGGCUGGUGAUCCCGCUGAUUGCACUCUGGGCGUUCUCGCAGCUCCUGCCGCCGCGGUUCCGCUUUGAAGUCACGUCGCCGCGUCUUGCCUGCGUCACCGUCCUCCUCGUAACCCUCUUCUGGUAUGAGAUCCUCAUGCCUCAGCUCUCCGUUUGGCGUGCCCGCUGCUCCGCGAGGCUACGCGAGCGCCGCCGCGCGCAGGCGCUUGAACUCCAGAGGCUCCGCAAGGCCGCCACACGCCGGUGCCGCAACUGUCUCACCCCUUAUCGCGACCAGAAACCCGGCUGUGGACAAUUCAUGUGCUCCUACUGUGGCCACAUCUCUAAAAGGCCCGUUCUUGAUCUCCCCGAAGGCUCUGGUCCGAGCCUGGGCAUCAAUGGUUGGAUCUGUGGGUACGCUUGGGCGGCCGAGGGGAACGGAAGCCGGAUAGGUCCCGUCCCCCGGUAUUGGGUUGGUAACAACCGGUGCAUGACGGAGAAGUCUUAUUCGGGGGCUCUACUCUGUGCUUCCAAGUUGCUCUCAUAUUUUUUGGGGAGCAUUUGGUGGAUUCUGAGGAAAAUUUUCCGGAUUGGUUCUUCAAGCAAGGACUCUCCAGAUGGGGAUAACAAAGGGUCGUUGAGUAGAGGAGAGAAUGGUGGGAAUUGCCAAGAGAGUAGAGGAGAGAAAUCUAGGCGAAAAGCUGAGGAGAAGAGGCAGGCACGGUUGGAGAAGGAGAUGUUGGAGGAAGAGGAAAGGAAGCAGAGGGAAGAGGUUGCUAGGCUGGUGGAAGAAAGGAGAAAGUUGAGAGAUGAGAUUUUGGAAGCUGAGAGAAUUCAUUCGCGGGGCUCUGGUCUGGAUGGGGAUAGAGAUAGAAGGAAGGAAGCAGAGAAAAGGAGGCAGGAUAGAAAGAAAGAGAAGGACAAAGGUUCGAGCAAAAGCAACUCUGAUGUAGAGGAGUUUGAUAAGAAGACUAGCAGAGAAAAUGAGAAGAAGCGUAAGCUUGAUAAAAAGUAUGAGAUUGAGAGACGAGAUGGACAGAAAUUUGUGGCUGGCAAGUAUAAGUGCCACACAUCAGAAUCUGGCAAUGGGCUGAAGGUGGCAACAAGUAAGUCUAAGUACUUUGAUCGCAUUACAGGGUCAUCUCUGUCUCCUUCCAAGGGCUUCGAUGGGGCUUCAUUUUUUGGGAGAAAUGCUCAGGGUACCUCUACUACUGUUGCCAAAGUGAACAAGUUUGGAUAUGUGGAUCAAACGUUUAGUUCUGCUAUUAGAAAAGAUGUUUACCCUGCUAUUCAUGCAAUGGGAAAAAUCACUUCAGCUGCUGAUGAUAGGAUCUCAAAGUCUAACUUUGAUCGAGCUGUUGGGUCAGAGGUUCGGCCUCCAACGGCUGCACCAAAGAAAUCAUGGCAUCAGCUGUUUACUCGCUCUACAAUUGUUUCUCCUCAUGAUGGUGUGAACACCAAUGGCUUUUCUAACCAGAAUGAAAAAGCUGAAACUCAUAACGAAUGUAUGAUGGAUCAAAGAGUAGCAGCUAGUUAUUCUUUAGAUAGCCAAAUUAGUGUGCAGCCAUCAUCUUUCGGUGUCUCCCCUUCAGUAAAUGUUUCAAGGGGUGGUAAUUUGGUUUCUCAUUCGUUGCCUGCUGAAUCUAUAUCCAGUGAGCGAGUACGGAAUUCAAUAUUGGAGGAGGCAGAAAUUUUUGAGGAUCCAUGCUAUAACCCAUAUCCUCUCUCCUUGCUUGGCCCAGUUUCUGAUUCACUGGACAAUUUUCCACUGGACCUAGGUGCUGGGUUUGUCUCUUGCAAUAAAAUGGACGAACCACACAAUGCAAGUAAGAAGAUAACUGCCCCUGCUGAUGUGAUCAAACCUUCUCCCAUUGAAUCCCCCAUUUCUCGAUCACGCAUUUCAGAAGAAAAGCGCACUGCAAUAGGCCAAUCUCCAAGCACCCCAAAAUCACUGGAUGGAGCAAGUAUUGCACUUGAACAACGGACAUGGCAAAUGUGGGGCACUCCACUAGCUCAGGAUGCAUUGGAUAUGGUAACAGGACCUUCCAAUUGGAUUUUGCCUCUGGGGCAGAAGAAGUCAAACCUAGAUGAUAUGAUGAUGCAUCCAUUGUCUCACACUCCUGUGUUGUCACCUGUUGCAGUUGAAAAUCUUUCCAUUCCUGGCACUCACUCUCCGCAGAAUGCCCAUGUGGACAAUUCUCUUAAUGGCGGAAUGUUUAGUCGUUUUGGUCAUGGUCUAAAUGAGAGUGAUAUAUGGAUGCGUAAACCUCUUUUCCCCCAAUUGGCAGGAGAUGGGGAAAGUCAUGUGACUUUUUUCCCACAGUUUAAUCCCAUGGAUAAUGCUGCCAGGAAUGAGAUGAGACAUGAUGCUUCAAAUGGGUCAGAAGCUCUCCGCCCUUUUGAUCUGCCUCCUGCUAAUUUUUGGUCCAAGAAAGAAUGGGCUCUACAUGGUUUGCAGGAUGCUGGGAAUUCAAACCCUGCUCUGAAUCCUGGUAGCUUGUUUUCAACUGGACCAGAUGUACAGUCAGUUUGGGCAUCCAAUCAAAUGGACAGGAUAUAGCUACCAUACCAUGACAACUAAAGAUGAUGAAAAGGAGAGCAAGGGAAGUAGUCUUCCUUAUUUUGAAAUGAGUUCAUGAACCCUUUUUUUUUUGUGUGGUACUGUACCCUUCUUAAUGAGAAUGAUAUGGUCAUUCCAUUAGUGUGGGUUGAUGGCAUACAUGCACAAUUGCAGGUCACAUAUUAUACACCUCCCCUGCAGUUGCUUUAUGGACUCCUUAGCAAUAUCUGCCAUAUAUUGUAUUAAGGCUCUGAAUGGAUUGAGGGAAAUUAAAGGGAACAGAGUAGAGAAAAUGAUGAAAUGAUGAGGAAAAAAAUACUAUCAUUGUUUAUAUAUAUAAUUCUGUUUUCAUUUCAUUGAUGAAUAUUGGUGGAAAUGGAAAUAUGAGGAAUUGGAAAACAAGAUAGAAUUGUUUCCAUUUGUCUUCCUCUUGUCUGUUUUAAUUGCCUACUUGUUUUCUCGAAUUUUCCCUCAAUCCAAAUGCAGUAAGCAAUGUGCCAAAUCUG